AGCGGCUCGCUCGGAAGCUGCGACGCAGUUUCACUCCGGCUGCCUUCUCCUGAGAGACGGAGCAACAGCCAGAGCCCUGCCCAGGCCGAGCCGGAGCUGCAGUCCGAGCGCGGUGGUGCCCUCAGCCCCGUCCUCUUGUCCUCCUCAGCCUCGUUGGCAAAGGUGCCUUGGAAUUUGUGUCGCUGAGUCAGCAAGCCUUUCAGAUUUGCCCGGUUUUUGUUGUUUGUGGUUUGUAUCAAGAUGGGAACUCAAACAAGUCAUUCCUCCUAAGGAGCUGGUGUCUUCAUCCAGAAGGGACAGUUUGUGCCAGCUCUCCAGAGAGAAAAGUGCCUCCCUCCCCAGCGGUCCCUCGAGCAGCCCGGGGAACGUCCCUGCCACUGUGCCCGUGCAGAUGCCAAAGCCCAGCAGAGUCCAGCAGGCGCUCGCAGGCAUGACGAGUGUUCUGAUGUCAGCCAUUGGACUCCCCGUGUGUCUUAGCCGCACACCCCAGCCCACCAGCCCUCCCGCCUCCCGUCUGGCUUCCAAAAGUCACGGCUCAGUUAAGAGAUUGAGGAAAAUGUCCGUGAAAGGAGCGACCCCGAAGCCAGAGCCAGAGCCAGAGCAGGUCAUAAAAAACUACACGGAAGAGCUGAAAGUGCCCCCAGAUGAGGACUGCAUCGAGAAGCUGUCCGCAGCGUCUGGAUACAGCGAUGUGACUGACAGCAAGGCAAUCGGGCCCCUGGCUGUGGGCCGCCUCACCAAGUGCAGCCACGCCUUCCACCUGCUGUGCCUCCUGGCCAUGUACUGCAACGGCAAUAAGGAUGGAAGUCUGCAGUGUCCCUCCUGCAAAACCAUCUAUGGAGAGAAGACGGGGACCCAGCCCCAGGGAAAGAUGGAGGUAUUACGGUUCCAGAUGUCGCUCCCCGGCCACGAGGACUGCGGGACCAUCCUCAUAGUUUACAGCAUUCCCCAUGGCAUCCAGGACCCUGAGCACCCCAAUCCCGGAAAGCCGUUCACUGCCAGAGGGUUUCCCCGCCAGUGCUACCUUCCAGACAACGCCCAGGGCCGCAAGAGCUGGUGCCCUACACACCACAGAUAACAGCUUGGGACCUGGAAGGGAAGGUCACAGCCACCACCUUCUCCCUGGAGCAGCCGCGCUGUGUCUUCGAUGGCUGCA